GUUUGGUAGGAAAAAUUGCUUUAUGGGACAUCGUCGUUAUUUGCCACAUGAUCACAAGUAUAGGUACAAUAAGCAGUCCUUUAAUGGUUUUGAAGAGCAUAGACCUGCCCCUAUCCCACCCUCAGGUUCAACCAUGUUAAGGCAAAUUGAGGAGAGUCGGAAGAGACCGCGUGAUUGUUCUACAAGUGAGGUUGGCCUGGAUCAAUGGAAGAAAAAGAGUAUUUUUUGGGAUUUACCUUAUUGGAAGAACAAUCUUAUUCGUCAUUGCCUUGACAUGAUGCACAUAGAGAAGAAUGUUUGUGACAAUAUAUUGUUCACCGUACUUGGUGACAAAAAAAGAUCAAAAGACAAUUUGCAAGCUCGUAAGGACUUGCAAGCGAUGGGAAUUAAAGAAAAGCUUCAUCCAUAUCCUAAUUCUUCCAAGUUUCCUCCAUCAUGAUUUACCAUGAAGAAAGAGCAGAAAGAUAUCUUCCUAAAAGUUUUAAAAAAUGUGGUUUUUCCAGAUAACUACGCAUCAAACAUUUCUAGAUGUGUUGAUCUUAAGAAACGCAAGAUCUCUAAUUUAAAGAGCCAUGAUUCCCACAUUCUGAUGGAGCAUCUUUUGCCAAUUGCUUUUAAAAGAUCUCUUCCUAAAGAAGUUACUUCAGUGUUGAUUGAGUUAUGUAACUACUUUAGAGAAGUAUCAAGCAAGGUUCUAGAUGUAAAGUAUAUCGAGAAGCUCCAACAAAGAAUUUGGUUGACUAAUUCUAAUCUGGAAGUCAUAUUCCCUCCAUCAUUUUUCACUAUUAUGGUUCAUUUGGUCAUUCAUCUUGGAGAGGAAGCAAUUCUUGUUGGUCCUGUACAAGGUCAUUAUAUGUAUCCUGUUGAAAGGGAACUCGGCCAUUUGAAGUCUUAUGUUCGUAACAAUUCCGCAGCAGAAGGCUGUAUAGCUGAAGGGUAUAUUUUGGAGGAAUGUCUCACUUUUUGUUCAAGAUAUUUGGAGGUUGGCGACAUAGAGACAAGGUUUAAUCGACCAAGGCGUAAUGAUGAUGAAAAUGAGAUCAGUGCUAGUAGUGAAUCUACUAUCUUGUCAAACUUGUUUCCUGCAUCAGGCAAGCCUGUUGGGGCUAUUAAGACUCUACCGAUACCUCCCUUGGAAAUCAUACAAGCUCACCGAUAUGUUUUAACCAAUUGUGAAAUAGUUGAUGCAUUUCGAGAGUAGGUUACAUGGUCUUUUAUAUUGUUCAUUUUCUUUUGUAAUGUAUUUU